UAAGGUUACUACAAGCCUUCGGUAGUCUCAUUCGCUGUCGCAACGGUUGCGUGACGACCCUAAUAAUGGGUGGGUGUCCUUCAAACAAAAAUUCGUACAAGCGCUGUUUUCAAAGAAACACCCACAAGCUGUAUAUUAAUAGAAAGGUUAUGAAACGUAGAAUUCGUUUUCAAUAAUGCUACGCUUUAGUCAUGCCUUUUCUAAGGCGGCGGGAGCUUUUAUAAUAGAUUAUAGAUUAUAAUAGAUUUUAGAAUAGAAACAAUGUCGUUAACUUGAGUUAUAAACUUAAUUUACCUGCGGUAAUGAAACCUACCGUCUGGGGGAAUAGACACUGAUCCUCACCUAUGCAGUGGUAUGCUAAUAUUAAUUUUGUUCGCGUAACGAUUUACGAAGAUAUUUUUCUUGGAAAAGUCCUUUAGUUGUAUAGUGUCUUUGAAAUUUAAAAUGUAGAGCUAGUGCAAGAUGUCCGUCUGUGAUGAAAAUAUAACCGACUUAAGGCUACGCCAAGCCGUCGUGGGUGUCCUUCAGACAAAAAUUCGUUCGCGCGCUGUUAACUGAAUGAUAGGCAGGUCUGGUCGAUAAUACGGACUGACAAGAAUAUUUCAAUAGCGACGCACUCUACAUUUGCAUCAUAACUAAUUUACGUAACUGAAAAAAAAUCCUACGCUCACAAUAAAACAGACCAAAACAAAACAAAGCUGGAAAUGUAUGUACAAGAGAAUGGCUUGAAGCGAACGUGCUGAGUAAGAUAUCCGGGCCAGUACUGGAAUGAGUCACCCCGCGCUGGCCAGUAUUGGUCUUCAUUCCAUUUUCAUUUUAUCACGGAACCAUUUUCCGUGCAGUGCUCCUCGAAACAAUAAAAGCAAUGUAUGAUGUAUAUAAUGACUUUCUUGACACAAAAAAAUGCUUAAUUGCACUUUAAGGCGUUAGACAUCCACAGACAACUCAGUGAUUGGCUUGAAAUUAAAGGUAUCGUGUUUACUAGGGGGGUUACAAGGGUUACAAGGGUUGUUCACCGGCUGUUCCAAGCGAAAGGAGUUUCGGAAGAGCUUCUUUGGUAUUGCUUUGUUUCCGAGAAACUAUAUGGUGAGUGAUGCAAUGUGGCAAUUUAUAGAACAAGUCUUAAAGUGAAUUUGCAGAAAAGAAGUGGGACGUAUGAGUAAAAAUGAAAGCAAUUAUGGCAAAAUAGCCAGAAAGCAUAACAGCUUACAGUUUAUAUUGCCUGAAGUCGGUAGCCAUGGUCACGUACGAGAGUCGUGUUUUAUUGGCGGAAAUCUGAACCCUGUCUGAGAUGAGACAAGCACAGGCAGCUUGAGACAAGCAUAUGCUAAUUUAACUCUCAAAUUAAUUAAUCAUGGGUCUUUCUCAGAAACUGAAAGUGCUUUGUCAGCAAGCAGUCUUCCUCAGAAACUGAAAGGGUCGCUCUCGGAAAAUGAAAGUGCUUUGUCAUCAAGUAGUUUCUUAAUAUAUAUUUAAGACAAGCAUUCUUUCUCAGAGACUGAGAGUGUCGUUCUCGGAAAAUGAAAGUGCUUUAUCAUCAAGUAGUUUCUUAAUAUAUAUUUCGAGGCGUUUUAGUUUCAACGUACGGAUCGGAUCUGACACAUCUGAUAGCAUCGUCUUUUAAAGACCUGGAAGCGAGCGUCAAUGAAAAGAAGAUACAACGCCUAAAGAGCGUUCCCAUCGAUCAUGACUUGAUUCAGCGAGUGGAAGAACGACUCAAACAGUGGAGGAGAGAACAUCAAGAAGGGCAAGAAGUAAUGUCGGAACUUUGCAGCUGCCUUCCGGACAAAAUACCGGAGGAACGUACGUUUGGUCGUACCCGAGAAAUAAAGCAAGUCAAAGAGUUCGUGCAGAGUGGAACAGUUGCGGUUGUCCUGAUAACCGGAGGACCAGGAUAUGGAAAGACAACCGUGGCCAAAGAAGUGGCCCAUGAAUUAGCAAACCUAGACAACGAAAGGACUGUCUUGUUUUGCAGUCUACUUGGAAAGAGAAACAUCAAUGAAAUAGCUACAGAAAUGAUCCAUUACUGCGACAGAAUCCACACACAUGUGCCAGAGAAUCCAGAACAGUGGCUCAAAGACUGGAGCAAACAGAUCAAAACGCAAGUCACGUUUGUCCUCGACAAUGAAGAUGGUGUACUUGAGUCCGAAGAUCGAAAGUCGUUCUUAAAGAUGUUAAGUGCCAUGCGAAUGCUAUCGAGGCAAAACGUGACAUUUGUCGUUACGUCAAGAAAAACAUUCAGUGAUCCCGACCUACAGCCGAGAGUAGUAGGACUAAAACAACUACCAGUCGAAGACGCGAAGAACGUUCUUAUCUCACGAGUCAGCGAUCAAGAUGUCCGACAGAAGCUUUCCAGGCCAGAAAGAAUAGUCGAGCUAUGUGGCGGAGUUCCUUUGGCGCUUUGCACUGUUGGAUCGCUGCUUUUAGACUACACCGAAGAAAUACUAAUAAAACAUCUGGAAGAGGAACCUUUGACUGUCCUGGAUGACGGUGAGACAUCAGUGGAAAGUGUAAUCAGGACUUCUUUUGACCUCUUAACGAAAGCUCAACAGGAUGCUUUGAUUCUCAUGUCAGUAUUUCCGGGCCAUUUUAAUUUAGUAGCUGCCGAAGCUGUUAUGAAAGCAUGCUCAAUCUCUGGCACUCUGUCUGGUUCGAUUCUUCGCUCCUUGAGAAUAAGAUCACUUCUCGAACAGCCAAGCCCCAGCAGAUAUCAGAUGCAUCCACUCAUUCAAGCUUUCGCAAAGAAGAUUGGCGUGGCUGAGUACCCCGAUCUUGUUGCUGCAGGAGAAAAAUUGGCCUGUGCUCACUUUAUGUCUUGCCUGGCUGAAAACGCUAACCGGUAUUGGAGUAAGAACAGUUGCAGAGAGUCAGUCGAGGCAUUUAACGCGGACAGGAACCAUUUUGAGUCUUUUCUUCAAAUCUACGCUCAAGCAAGGGAAAAGAACGAUGGCGAUAUCGUGGAAUCCUGUCAAACCUUCCUCGACGAUCUUCCCCAGAAGUGCAUGUAUUUAGAAAUGUGUGUUCUUCCGAGAUUUUACAUUUCCAUCCUGGAAGGGUUGUUGGAGACGUUUGACUCAGAAACUCAACCAGUGCAAAGAGUGGAACUUUUGUGCCUUCUUGGGCACGAAUACAGAAAAGCGGGAGAAAAAGAAAAGUACCGAAAGCUCAUGAUGGAGGCUGAUGAAGUUCAUUCAAAAAAUCGUGCUGAGUUUGAAACCAAUGCUUUAUCAGAGGUCUACUUUCGCAACAGUUUUGUCCGCUAUCUUUCUGACAAAAAAGACCCCAACGAAUCCGAGAGAAUAGGAGAAGAAAUUGAAGCUGUAUUGGAAUUCUCCCGUGACAAGUUAGGGGAACACCCGGAGAGAGCAACAACUCUUCUAUAUGCAGGAAUAUUUCAAAAGCGUGAAAAGAACUGGGAUGAAGCGGAACAGAAAUUGACCGAGUCGUUGAAACUCUUUAAAAAACGCCUCGGUCAACAUUUUAUGACUGCUCAAAGUCUCAAAGCCAUCGCAGACCUUUACUUUUUUCAUCAGAAAUCGGAGGGCAAGACGGAGUUGGACAUAUGCUUUGAGCAUUAUGCAGAGGCCAUUAAAAUUCUUGAAGAUCUCGGAAUGAUUGAAAGCAAAUAAAGUAUCCUGACUCUAAAGAACUUU